AAAAUAUGCGGGAUAGUUUGUAGUUCACUUUGUUCACCGGUAUAUUCAGGAUAAAAUGAGCGGGAAUAGUUCCUGGUUCUUCCUCUGGGUUCCCUCCAGAAGUUAUGAGAGAGAAAAGAACUCAAAACAAAGGAACAGUAUUGCAGAACAAGAACGAAACAGUUCCAGACUCUCUCAAGAUGGACAUUUUUACAAUGGAAGAUCAAGAAAUGGAUCCUUCUCUAGGAAUGGGUCUUUUAGUAAUGGAAGAUCAAGAGAUGGAUCAUUUAAUAAUGGAAAAUCAAAAGAUGGAUCGUAUUACAACGGAAGAUCGUCUAGAGAAGGAUCAUACUCACAAGGACGAUCUGCAGAGGAUUUUAGUAGCAAGCAAGGAUCGGUUGAAAGAUCGUUUCUAGAUCCUAUUGACGAUAAAGAUCUCAGAAUAGGGGUCGAUGAAGCAUCAAUUCCAACUUUCAGAAGUAGUGAGGAGCGAACAGGGGUCAACUCACUACCCGCCAUCCAGGAGGAUGUUGACUCCCAGAUGACAGGGUCGGAUGGAUCCUUGAACAGACAAGAAAGCGUAACAGAUGAAACUACUACUAAAGUGGUACGAAGACUAUCCUCUAAAGAAAUUGCUACUAAAGAUGGCUCCGAGGACACCAUAAAGAAAUCUGAUCUCCUCCAGGUUUCAGUUAUCAAUGGAAAUGGGAAACGGAGGGGUUCCUAUACGGUUACUAUUGUACCAGAGGAGAGAUUAAAUCCUGCUCCUGCUCCUGAUACUAACCCAUCUACUGAUGCAGAAUCAGCUGUAACUACUUCUGCGUGCUCUGCUGUUGUUUCUGAAACUGAUCCUGUGCAAUCAAAGCCCAGUCAGGAUAAAUCAACCACAAAUCUAUCCAUUAUUGAUAUAAAACCACAAGCUUUAUUCCCGCAUGCUCCAAUCUCCCCAAAAGCAAGUAUUUCAACUUUAGAAUUGCCAUUAUCACCAUCUGCUCUCCCAUCAACUCCAAUAGCACUUUCAACAGCUUUUUCAACCCCAUUAUCAACUGCUUCUGCUUUAACUGCAACCAAAGUAUCGUCUUCAACAGUUCUAGAAGCAGAAGCUUCUCUGACAGGUACAACUGCUUCAUGUUCAGGUUCAAGAACACCUUCAACAUGUUCAGCAGAUUGUGCUCCAAUAGAAUCGGUGGAAGAAAAUCCGACACAAGGAGAUGAAGAGGGUGGGUUGGAAGAAACUGACAAUGUAUCAAUGAAGAGGGGAAUGCAAGACACUGAUCCAAAAUUUAAUCAUUCUAGCCCCUACACCCCUCAGAAUACAAUCCAAAAAGAAGACAGGGAGAGUUUGCUUCAUGGAGAGAAAUCUUGUAUGUCCUUCCUUGAAUGGGAACCCAUGCAGGAUAUGUGUGAGAGAUUAUUGGAUCGUCUUCGAAUAACUCCUGUUACAGUCCAACCCAGUAUUGACGAUAAACAGGUUUUGUUUACAUUUUGUGUUCCCUAUGACAUGGUGGAAGGAGUUUUACUGGAGUUUCAAAACCAGGGUGUUGGGGGUACUGGAGAAUCUACCAUUAGUGUUGUUCCAUCUGGUAUUCAUUUCUCUACACAGGAGAACCAGGAUCUAUUGAAAAGAGAAUCAGAGGUUGUGAAAAUGGAUAAAUUUUAUUCAAGCGUAAAAUCCCGACUCUUAGUUGCUGAAGUUAUUGCCAGAAUUCAGGCAGGAGCAGAAUUUUCGUUUGAUUUCCUACUUCUACUAGUGCUGGCUGGAGCCAUAGCGUUCAUGGGUUUAGUUGAGAACUCUAGUAUGGUUCUAGUUGCUUCUAUGCUUGUAUCUCCUCUCAUGGGACCUAUUCUAGCAGGAAUUUUUGGUGGAGUAGUCCAGGAUUCAAGUUUGAUCCGUAAAGGUAUCCGGUAUGAGUGUUUAGCCUUGCUGAUCUGUAUCUUACUCGGUCUAAUCCUAGGACUUAUUAUAGCUCCCAUCUCCAGGAGCUAUGGGUUAAUACAGUGGCCAACACCAGAGAUGCUUUCACGUGGUGAACUUCGAUCCCUGUGGGUCGGGGUUUUAAUUGCCACGCCCAGUGGAGCAGGGGUGGCACUGUCUGUACUGGGCGGGAAUGCUGGAUCUCUGGUGGGUGUGGCAAUAUCUGCCUCUCUCCUCCCUCCAGCAGUAAACUGUGGGCUUUUUUGGGCAUUAUCGAUUGUAAUUGCUCUAGCAGAAGAUGAAUCCAACAUGGCGUUCUUUGGAUUCGGAACAGCUGUUGAUCCUGUGAGUAACCUGACAGUAUCACUGUAUGAAUUCAGAUAUUCAGAAAAUCAAGCUUUAGAAGCAUUUCUUCUCGGACUAACAAGUUUGACUCUGACACUGAUCAAUAUCCUGUGCAUAAUCCUAACCGGGGUUUUUAUUCUUCGUCUCAAGGAAGUGACUCCAGAGAAAAUUCCUCAAAAAUUUUCAAAUUUUUGGAGAAAAGAUAUUAAAGCGCACAGGAACUAUUACAAAACACUGACCAAAGACGACAAUCAGAAACUUCUAAAUGAACUUCAGGCAAUGGGCAUUGCUAAGCAACGGACCGACGAGGGUCUGGAGGGAACCUUCCUGCAGAAUAUGUUUGAACGAGCUGCUCAGGAUUCAGAUUUAUUAAAUAUUAGAGAAUGGGUCGCACUUCCCCCAUCCACACUUCCACCACAGUCAUUCAGGAAGAAAUCAGACGUGGAACAAAUGCAGAGACUACGAUCUUAA